CUGUUUUCGGGAAGAUUUUCUGUUUUUUAUAUCUCUAAUGUAAUUAGCAAAGUUCUGUUAGAUAUUAAAGCAAUCAUAAAAGAUACUUGAGCAGACAUGAAGAGUUUGGUCCGUCUUUUUCUGUUGUUUUAAGGAUGUAUAAAACAUGAGGAUCUUUGUGCUUGGACCCCCGGGAUGCGGAAAAUCCAGCCUCGUCUCCGCUUUAUUUGGAUUGACGGAGCACGACAAUAGAACUAGUUGUGACAAUGGAGUUACCAUUCAUACAUGGGAAUGGCGACCGCAGGGAGUGUCAUCGUUCACAGAAGAUGCGGACGACAAAGGGAGGGAACUGGUGGAGAUCUGGGAGUGGUCUGGAAAAAAGAUAUUCCGCGGAUUGCAGAGUUUCUUCUACACCGGAAGUUCUCUGUAUCUGCUUUGUCUGCCUGUUGACGGCAUGGAGGCAGCGGACGAUUUCCUACAGACCUGGAUGGAUAUUCAUUACAAGAUAUCAAAUCCCGAUGUUGUCAUCAUAUUUACACAGUGCUUCGGAAAAACUCGGACAGCAAACUACCACGGCUUUAGGGUAGAGCUGGUGAACCGUAUCAAAAAGAUCCAAAAAAGUGUGACAGGAUCCAACACAAAGGGGAACUUGAUAUCUGACAGCUUGACAAAGCUGGAGAAAAGUUUAGUAUCAGACCCAAAACCGGAAGUUGUGAUACAUUUUGUGGACCUCCACCAGAAAAAGGGAAUUAACGAAGUAAAAAUAACGAUUCAAAACAUCAUAAAAUGUAAAACAGAGUGGCAUUCACAAUUUACAAAGGAGCAUCCGUCAGUCAGGAAAAUCAUAAGGAAUGUUAGAUCUUCGACGACCGCUCUGAUGAAAGAAAGCGACUUUCUCAAAGUCAUGAAAGAAACCAAAGCAGAUGAAGACAUGAUGGACUUCCUAGAAUCAAAAAAUUGCAUUCUUCGACUGUACCCAGUAAGUGAGGAACCCAUCAUCAGUACGGAUCCCCGGACCCUGGCACUACUGCUGGUGUCAGUACAUGUACUGGACCAGGCCAAAGUCUACCAGUUCGACUCCAGGAAGUUCUGGGGCGCAAAUCCCGCCCACCGGCCGGACCCCGGGGUACUUGUUAAAACCCUAGAGGACGUGGCCAAACAGGGGAUACUCCGGGAGAGCCUCAUCCCUCUGUUGUGGCAGAAUAUAACAGACAAGGAGUGGGAUAUCCUACACACGAUAGAGAUUCUGAACCAGCUAGGGAUCUUUACCCCGUGCGACACCAGGAAGUCACGUGAUUGCGACAUCGUCUUGGAAACGUUUCCUGGGCUCCAGAGUGACCGGGCCUUCCAGCUGACUCAGGUGGGCCUGACCCCCAAUAAGGGACCGACGCUGAAUUGGACGCCGACCCCCGCCCCGGACGACAUUGAGAUCACCGUCCGGUUUAUAGCGGUCCUGGGGUUCCCCUCUGGAUUUAGACAGCUACUCGUCGGAGGCUGUAGGAACGUGAGUCGGCUACACGAGGCACACUACUGCUGGACGUGGAACGAUGGGGUCCUAAUGCAAUAUCCGACGGUGACCAUCCGAAUCGAUCUUCUCUCAGAUACAGUUGAGAUGCGCGGGAGAACUAUUGCGCUGGAUCAUGAGUCGGAACAGGAAGCAGUAGGCGCCAUCUGGAGCUUUUUAUCUUAUUCACUUUCGGCAAUAGAAAACAUUAAACACAACUGGAAAAAUCUCCACCUAGAGAGAAGUAUCCGAGUGAUAGAUUCUAGUCAAGGGUCUAGAUUCGUGAAAACCGGAUCAUUCCGGGCGGGCUCUCUACGAGGGAGCCACAGUCAAUUCAUCUCCGUAAAAGACAUUUUCAACAACCCGAACGAAAGUCGGAAGGAUCUUAUUCCAUUGAAAGACCUUCCUUCCGAGUGUGAUUAUUUGGGAUUUGUGAAGCAUCUCGCGGCAAAAAGUCAGAAAGACAAAAACCAAACUUGUGCUACAAGGAAACCCCCCACAAGGAUUCCCGAGAGGAGGGACAGUGCUCUGACGUCAGAAGGGAGGGAGACAUGUCCCCCAAAGAGAAAACAAAUCACGUGGAUUCUUCACAAAAACCCUCACCAAAGUAAAAGGAUGACGUCAGCGGAAGGGGUGACGGGGAGGGACAGGAAACCCCUAAACUCCCAGCAUGCAUCUGUGGACACUACAAAAAACGGGGAUGUGAAGGAUAGAGUUCUUAUGGACCUUGUGAAUGGAUUCGUUCAAAAAAUUCUCCGAAAAGGCAUGGCUAAAUACCAGGAGGACAUCAAAUCACAGAGGGAACACAACGUUACAUGGUCCAUAUCAGCAGUGACGUCAUUUCAAGCCACCAAUGGAGAGGGUCCUGACGUAAAACCUGACGACAAGAGCACGGUCCAGACGUCGACUGAUUGCGAGAAGAGCGAGUCUUUGUGUAGACCCUCCAAACUCUGUGUAAUUCUCUAGAUCAGAUGUGUUGAUGCCCAACUCCGAACUCUGUCAGUGUAGUUCUCUAGACUCAGCGUAUUAACGCCAAACUCCAAACUCUGUGUAAUUCUCUAGAAUCAUUGUAUUAACGCCAAACUCCAAACUCGGUGUAAUA